UGUACGAUGGGACGGUGGGGGUCGGGGGAUUUCAGUACCGUGAAACUCGAACUAUUGACGCCAGGGGGAAAACCAGAAAGGUGAAGGUUGCGAAAUUAAAUAGGCGUUGGGGAAAAUAUCGAUCGCGUUGAUGGCUAAGCUCAGCAUCUGUAUCUAAAGUCCACACAGACAGAGGAAAAUCAGAUGGAGGUCUGGCUGUAAAGGGAAGACGACAUUUCUGAGGUUAGUGAUGGAUAUACGGCUACUGGUCAGUCUGGAGACGUAUUAGAGACUUUGUGAAGUGGUCAGUAGAUAAACAGAGAAACAGCCACUGCGAUACAACAAUGGAACGUGUACCCCAGCUACUUCUCCUAUGGAUCCUCGUCACCAUGGCAACUGCUGUUGGCUUUGCCCAGGAGACGGACAUGUUCGAUUUCUCCAAUAUAGAUGAGCCAAUGGACGGAUUCGGUACCACUCCGCAGACAAAAUCUAAGAUUGACGUAUGCCGUUCUAACCGUCACGUAUGCAGUACGAUUCUCAAAUAUCCCGGUAACCAGACUGUCAGUGACGGUGUCCACUGCCACUGUCCCGGAUGUACGGAGGAAUGGGUCGAAAACGAUAACCAAUCGUUUACCUGGGUUCACUACGAGCGACAUGACCAGCUGGUCCAGUACCGGUUCUGCAUUCCCGUCAUGCCAGAACGCAUGUGCGAAAAGGACGACCUGGCUGUUGUCAUGGAGACGGAAACCUCAAACUGGCGCGUGUAUAUGUCAAUGGCUAGAUGCAUGUGUCCUAACAAUCUUUUCCAAUUGUCCAACUGGUGGAAACGGAACAAAGUUUGGAUGUAUGAGUAUGGUUGUGAAAAGAAAACCUGCAAGAAAAACGAUUCACUAUGUUCAAAAAUUUACGUGGACGAAGUUCACGACUCUGCGCUUGGCUAUGAAUUUCAGUGCGCAUGUGCAUCAGGAUAUAGUUGUCCAAGUGACCGUGAGCCGGAAAUGGAAACGCUUGAAGACCAUAUUGGGAACUACGUUCCGAUGUAUUGUAAACCUGCUCAAACUAGUGGACUCCUAUAACAAUGCCUCGAACACCUGGCAGAUGGUGUCCCCACAGCAUGGUUUUUUUCCAAAUACGAAACAGUGGCUUCGUAACUUCCAAUGGUCUGUCGUUCGCCCCAUGUAUAGAUUUGUAGGGAAAUGUAGUGUGUUAUAACUCAUCAUCUCUACAUGGAGUAGGGAACUGCUCUCAUGUCCCAACAUCGGCUACAAUGUGGAGGAAAUUAUUUCACGUGUUUGAUAUCAGGAUGUCAAUUUUAAUCCUUUCACCACUGUAGACCAUAAUGGACUUGUCCAUAUCAAUGCAUAGUAUUGUCUACUAAAGUUACA